AUGUUCUCCAACACAUUCGCGCCAUUUACGGCGGUGACUCUUUCCCUUUUAGCAGCUGCCAAUGCGUUGCCCUCAAAUACCAACCAACUUUUUAAAAAGUCGACAACAAAAACUGGCUUUAUCAACGUAACUGUUGCUACACUAUGGACCAACUCCAGCAUGCCUCGUGUCAUUGACGCACCGGCGAUCAGCAGCCCCGUCGAUAUUCCGAAAUGGCUCAGUUCAAUGACGGUCGACCAGUUCCGAGACUUGACCGACAGUUCAAGAACUCAAAGCCAAGCGCUGUACGGAGCUCGUGUCGAAAUCACCGACACCAAAGACAAUUGGUAUGAAGUUGCGGUGACUUCGCAAAUUUCGCCAAAUAAUAAACUCGGUUAUCCGGGUUGGAUUCCAGCAAGCCAGGUAGCCAUGCGUGAGCCAUUGUACGAGGAAUUACAGGACAAGCGGCCAUUUGCGCUUGUGAAUAAGGGACCGAUGACGGCACUUUACCACGAUGUACAGUUGAAGAGAAAGAUUAUGGAUCUUUCCUAUAACACUCGGCUCCCCCUUCUUCUCAAGCUCGGCAAGGCCGUUCAGGUUGCUGUCCCCGGAUCGAUUGGGUAUCUUGCCGCGAGUGAAGUCAGCGUCUAUAAUACAGCUUCCGAUAUCCCAUACCCAACAGGACAGGAUCUUAUUGAAUCUGGAAAGAUGUUUCUUAAUCAUCCAUAUCUUUGGGGAGGUGCUUCCGGAUACGCAUUUGAUUGCUCUGGCUUCACAUCUACCAUGUAUGCUGCGCAUGGCAUCGCUAUUGCUCGCGACUCCGGACCACAGGCCUACUUCACUAAUACGGGGCCUAUCAUCGAUCGUUCUGACUUGCAGACUGGAGACUUGAUCUUUUACGCUUCAAAUACUAGCAACCCAAAGUCGAUUUAUCAUGUGGCCAUGUAUGCUGGUGAUGACAAUAUGCUGGAGUCGUACGCCGCGGGUACGCCGUUGCGACUGACGCCAGUUCGAUUCAAUGAUGAUUACUGGGGAGCGAAGCGCUAUCUUGAGCCGAAAAAGUAG